ACUUUACUUUUAGCAGGAGCAAAGUUUUAAAGGUAUAGUUAAAGUUAGAACCGACCAUGGAAACCAAGGAUUCGUUUGUACUAGAAACUCGUGAUGUCACCGGAGACAACAUGACGUCACACAAUACUAAUAAUUCGAAUCGUUACUUAUUUAAAAAGAAACAUUCACGAAGGUUUCAUAAAAGCGUAAUCCAAGCAACUGCAGAUAAACUUUGUCAGUUCGUGAGAGACGAAGAUAUGUUAAACAUUAAACUUUACCUUGAUAGUUUACCAAACCAGGAUAAAUUAUGUGCCAUCAAUCAACCUAAUCAAAACGACAAGUUAUCUGCCUUGCACAUUGCUGUCAGGUAUAGUGACGUCACAGUCACUGAGUUACUGCUUGGUCAUGGCUCCGACAUUAACAUUGUUGGAGAGGACGGGAAACGUCCGAUUCAUUUUGCUGCCAAGUUUUACAAAGUUGGCAUGCGAGAGCGGCAAAGCCAAAAAUUGAAAUCUUGUCUUGAAGUAUUGUUGGAGCAUGGUGCGGAUGUUAACUCUACAGAUGUAUAUGAAGCAACUGCUUUGCACUAUGCUUGUGAUAAAGGUCAUGCUGUUGCGGUUCAGUUACUACUUAAAUGCAAAGAUAUUCAAUUGGAGGUAAAAGAUAUAAGAGGAUCCACCCCACUUCACGAGGCAGCACAACAUGGACAUCUUAAUGUUGUUGAACUUCUCUUGCUUCAUGGAAACAAAUCUAUGUUAAUGAUGAAAGAUAGAAGUGGAAACACUCCACUAAUAAUGGCAUGCAGAAAUGGCUAUUGCGAGGUAGCAGAAGCGUUGCUGAAAGUAGCUGGUGUUGCUGGUGAUGAUGGUCGAUUGUUGAGACUUUUAGAUCGAGAUCAUGAACUAAAUACGCCACUACAUUGCACAGUGGAAAGUGGAGAUCUUAAAACUUUCUUACUUAUCCUUGAAACUUGGGAUCAAGAAGUUCAACUAAUAGAAGGGAAUUCAAGAAAAUAUUACUUAACUGAGAAUUCAAAUUAUGUUGGUCUUGCGAGGGGUGAUGGUAACACUUGUUUACACUUGGCUGCCAUGAUUGGUCGACUUGAUAUGAUGCAGUUGAUUUUAUCCCGAGAUACGAACAUUAAUCAACGAAACGAUCAAUUGGCAACCCCUCUGUAUUUGUCAGCUCAACCAAACUUUUUGGAGUGUGUUGAAUAUCUGUUGACUAUACCAGACUGUGAUUGUGAACUGUCUAACAUACAAAAUAUUUCCCCACUGAUGAUUGCUUGUAAAGAAGGAAAUUAUGAAAUUGUUCAAUGUUUGAUCAAUCAUAAAGCAAAUGUUGUUAAAAGAGGAUUCAAAGAUCAGCAUUGCCUUCAUCUUGCUGUAAAACAUGGAAGAUUAAAAGUUGUUGAGUUGUUGCUUGGUCACCAUGAGCGUGAGCAAUUGUUGACGGAUUGUGAUAAAGAAGGAAACACUGCCUUGCAUCUUGUAGCAGAGCAAGGAAGACUGGACAUUUUCAAGAUUGUCAUUGCUGCUUAUUCCAAAUUUAAUAUGCGAAAUGACAAUGAAGAAACUCCGCUUCAUGUUGCAUCAUAUAAUGGUCAUUAUGACAUUAUUCAUGAGAUAGUGAUGCGUGAUAGAGCAACACUGAAUGAUCAAGAUGCAAAAUCUCAAAGUCCUUUGCAUCUUGCUGCUCUGCGUGGACAUCUUAAAGCUAUCAAGGAAUUAUUGAGAAUGGGAGCAUGUGCAAGGGACAUUGAUGGUCGUGGUUGGACGGCUUUGGAUGUUUGUGUGAAUGAGAGCUGGGUGGAUUGCGCAACGAUUCUUCUGCAAAAUGAUCCAAGUCUGCUUCAAAACAAAACUAGACUAUUUGAAAGUCCUCUUCACAUUGGAUGCAGGAAAGGCUGCAAGGAAAUGGUGGGUCUGCUUCUUUCAUGGGGUGCAGAUGUUUCAUCUCGGCUGCUUGAUGGUAGGAAUCCAUUAGAUGUUGCUAUUGAUAAUCAAUGUGAAGAUUGUGCAAGGUUACUGAUCGAGCAUGCUAGUUGGGAGAAAAGUUUGUCAAACGUGACUUUAUCAGCAGCAGGUCAAAUGUCGACGCCAUUCCGUCGAUUAAUUAAACAUUUGCCUGCUGUUGCUGAGGCUGUGCUGACAAAGUGCAUGAAAAAAGACAAUUUGAGAUCUGACAAUCCUAAUUAUGAGAUUACUUUUGAUUAUAAAUUCCUUGAUGAUGCUUUUGAGGUUGGAAGGUGGUCUGGUGGUAAAGAUUUAAUCAAACAGGAAAAAAACACAAAUUCAUCAAGCAAUAAAAAAGUUGAUUUCUUUCUGGAACAAUAUGAUAUCUAUGAUAAUUACCAUCGACUUAAGAAAGGAGUUGUCCCUUAUUCUGAUUCUGCAGCAGAUGUUUCUAAAGAUCACCCUUUAACGCUCAUGGUUGAAUCUAAACGUGAAUCGCUCUUGCAACAUCCCACUGUUACAAGCUUGUUGAAUUAUAAGUGGAAAAAGUUUGGUCGGUAUUUGUAUGGAUUAAAUCUGGCUUCAUACAUUGUUUAUCUUGUCUUGUUGAACGUUUAUAUGACGACAACACCCCCAAGAUUUGCGAUCAAUAUUACUGGAACCGAGAGUGGGAUUGAACAAGGGCAGUCAUGCAUCAGGAUAAUUGAGCAAGCACAGGAUGUUUGGGGAAAUACAUGUCAAAAUGCAGAUGGAGCCCGUUACAUCACAAUCGCUCUUAUCAUUGCAUUUUCCGCUGUUCAACUUGCAAAAGAGAUGUUACAAAUUCUCCACCAAAGAUUGAAAUAUUUUUUGGAUCUUUCAAAUUACAUGGAACUUGCUCUGUAUUCGCUUUCCAUCCUUGUAUUUGUGGAUUCGGAUCCUCUUGCAUCGGAUACUGGAAUAAGAGAGAAAUGGCAGUGGGAAUGUGGUGCAUUUGCCGUCUUGUUGUCAUGGAUGAAUCUAUUGCUGUAUGUACGGAGAUCAUUAUCACUUGGUAUCUAUGUAUUUAUGGUGGCAAGUGUGACUUUAUCCUUUCUAAAGUUCGCUGCAAUCUUGAUUUUAUUCCUUCUUGGCUUCUCAUUCAGUUUCUAUGUUCUAAUGCAAAACCAGUACGAAUUCUACACCCCAAUAACUGCAAUUGUAAAAACUUUUGUGAUGAUGAUUGGUGAGAUGGAUUACUCUACUGUAUUCUUGUCACAUUUCACAACAACUGAUUACAAUAGUGUUCUUCAAUAUUCAACCUCAUCUUACUUUGUGUUUGUGAUAUUUGUUGUUGUUAUGAGUCUGCUUGUUACAAAUCUCUUGGUUGGUCUUGCCGUUGAUGAUAUUGCUUCAGUGCAAGAGCAAGCUACUUUGAAACGGCUAGCUUUGCAAGCAUCUGGCAUUCUUGACAUGGAAUAUGCUGUCCCGUUUUUUCUUCGGCGAAGAUGGGUUAUUCGGAUUAAUCGAAUUUAUCCGAACAAACUCCGCAAUCAACCAGCUUUCAUUCGUUGGUUUCUAACAGUUGGGACUGAAACGCAAAAAAUGACUCCUAAGGAAAAAAGCGAAACAGAGAAAUUGUCAGAAGACGUCAAAGAAUUGAAGGAGCUCAUCAUGAAACUAAAUUUAGAUCUUCAGAAAAUGUCUGCCAAUUCACAACAGGCUGGAACAGCUCUUUAAACCUUAACUAUAUAUACAUGCAACCUACAUAGCUAGUUUUAAAAUGAUUUAUAUAAGGUAAAGCAGGAAUCAGAUAUUUUGUUUGCACAAACAGAAUAUUUGUUUGGGUAUUACGUACUUUCAUAAAAAACAUAUUAUUAUAGACCCAUCCGUAUUAUAAAUAAAUACACAGCAAGCAAUUAAUCACGAAGUUUCCAAUUUUGCUUCAAACAACUCCUACUUACAAAGUAUGUCCAGAGAAACGAGCCCGCAUUGAAAUCGACAUAAUAACCACAAUGCUAUUUUCUGUAAAAUUUAACAACGGAGUGCGAAUAUAUAAUAUUAUUGACUUAAGUUCUCAAUGCUAUAUGUGACAAACAAGCCCCAGAAUUACAACGUUUGUGAUAGAAUUAAAGUAUACGUGAAGUACA